CAGAAAUGCUUUCACUAGAGAAAUGGUCUCCACCGAAAAGAAAAAAUGUCAAAUCAUUUCCAUGGCUUAGAGAAUUGACACUAAUUCAGUGCCCUAAAUUCAAGGAAAUAAAUCUACUAUAUGAUUCUAUUCUUACGAUGAGAGUGUGGUUGAAUAAUAAGACAAUAUGGUCUCUUGAAUUUUGCAAUUGGGACAACCUCCAAUACAUUGAAAACAUAGAGAUAGUUGGGUGCCAAGAGCUAAGGCAUCUGCCAGAGGGUAUGCAAAGCUUGAAGCGUCUUACUCAAAUGACAAUUUACAGCUGCAAUAAUUUGGCGACUUCGGUAGCACUGUAUUCACUCCAAGUUUUGUACCUUUUUGCUUGCCCAGUACUAGCAUUCAACCUAGAAGCAUUUACAAAACUUUCUCAACUGAAAAUUAAUGCUUGCCCAAAAAUGCAAAUUUAUUAUGAUGCCUGGAUGAAAAAAAAUGAGGAACGACGAAGGGCAGCAACAGAAGAAGAAGAAAGAAGAAGAACCUGGAUGAAAGAAAGUGAGGAACAAUGGCAGGCAAUAGAAGAAGAAAGAAGAAGAAUCUGGAUGCAAGAAAUUGAGAAACGAUGGCGGGCAAUAGAAGAAGAAGAAGAUAAAUAUCACAUACGAGGAGAAGCGGCACAAGGGUAUGGGUCAGAAGAAGAAGAAGAAAGAAGAAGAACCUGGAUGGAAGAAAAUGAGAAACAAUGGCGGGCAAUAGAAAAAGAAGAAGAAGAAAGAAGAAGAACUUGGAUGAAAGAAAAUAAGGAACGAUGGUGGGCAAUAGAAGAAGAAAGAAGAAGAAUCCGCAUGAAAGAAAUUGAGGAACGACAGCGGGCACUAGAAGAAGAAGAAAGAAGAAGAACCUCGAUGAAAGAAAUGAGGAACAAUGGUGGGCAAUAGAAGAAGAAGAUAAAUAUCACAUACAAGGAGAAACUAGCGGAGAAAUGGCAAAAGGAUACUACGAAGAAGAAGAUAGUUCUCUUCACCGAACUGAAUGAUUCUUUGAACAUGUUGCAAGCAACAAUAGAUUUCACAGAGAUUCUAAUUGAUAUUGAUCUGCUUGUUGAAAUCGUGUCUUCUUGGCGUGUUUUAA